GUCCUUCCUCGGUGAAGCUGGAGAAGAAGGAGGAGCUGUGUUUUGUGAGCAGACAGGCAGAGAGCAGAAAAGCCAGUCAAAAGCUGCACAGUAAAGUGACUAAGGAUCAGAAAAGGACGAGGAAGCAGGAGCCUGUGAGGAACCCAAGAACAGAGCGGCAGCUUCUGGGAGAGCUUUAUGCUGACAAGGCCUACCUGGAGAAGCUGCUCAAGGAUGAAGAGCUGAUGCAGAGCAGCACCAGGCAGGGGGUCAAGGUGGCAGACCUGGUUCUGGGAGGGAUCUCCUACCUGGACAGGCGCCGAGAGUUCUGGCAGCAGCAGAAGCCGAUGUACGCGCGCGUGCGUGAGCGCAGGCUGCGGCAGCAGAGGUGGAUCCGGGGCAGGAGACAGAAACCAGCGGAGCUUGGCGCAUCCGUUGCGAAGAGUAUGGAGGACAUCGAGACGUUGCUGGCCGAGGGCUCCCCUGAGGAAAGCUGCAGGAAAGCUGAGCGUGUGCUGAAAACAGUGAAAGGCUGGAGAGAGGAUGAAGUCCCCAACAAGAAGGAACUGAUUGGGAACCUCUACAGCUGCAUUGGGGAUGCACAGCUGGAGAUGGGACAGAUGGAGGCAGCUCUGCGCAGCUACGAGAUGAGUCUGGACUGUGCUAGGCAGAGUGCUCUGCCUGAUGCUGUGUCCCAAGCCCUGGGCAACAUCGGCCUCGUGCACGCCCAAAGCAGCAGGUUCCAGCAGGCCAUCGACACGUGGGAGAAGAAAAUUCCAAUGACAAAAUCCAGCCUGGAGAAGGCUUGGCUUUUCCAUGAAAUUGGCCGGUGUUACCUGGAGCUGGAUGGAGCCAAAGCAGCCCAGGGUUACGGAGAGAAGUCUCUGCAGUCAGCGGAUGAAGAGGGAGAUGUGGAGUGGCAGCUCCAUGCCACCAUGCUGGUAGCACAGGCACAAGUGAAACUAAAGGAUUACAGGUCUGCAAUCGUGAGCUUUGAAAGGGCCCUGGAGAAGGCAAAGCUUUUGUCCAGCGAAGCUGCUCAAAGCACCAUCAUUGCGGCCUUGGAUGACGUGAGCAAAAGCUUCAUCAAAGAGCUAAAGAAAAGCAGGAAAGCAGCAAUAUUUCCCUCACAUAAAGAUGACGUCUUCAGCAGUGAAAGCACAAAGCCUUACAAUUUGGAGAAGGACAGAAAGAGGGACGGAGGGGAACAGCUCAGAGGAUAA